UCAGUAUGGCGAGUCAGUUACUCUACAAACUAGAAUGUUAUGUACCUAUGACUAGUUUAGAUGAAAGAGGCAGUUAUAUUUGGGCAAGAGUGAAUAUAGCCAUAGGUCUGUCUUUCUUACCUGUAUCAAGAAACUUGAGCUUCAAACCGGACAAAACAAUUACUACAACUAUUCUCAGUACGUUGGAAAAACCAGACAAAACAAUUACUACAACUAUCCUCG